UUGAAGUUUUUACGACAAUAUUUUUGUGUCACAUGCAAGUCACUGUCAAAUAAUUUAACGUUUUAUAAAGUUUCGAUUUAUCAAACAAAAUUCUAGUGAUGGUAAUAUCUCCUAAAACUUCUAAUAAACACAAUUUUAGAAAUGGACUAAAUAAAGAGAAAUGCAAUUUUUUAACUACUCAAAACAUAUUAAACAAUAAGCUAAAAUACGAUUGUAAUAUAAACAACCUGAUAAUGCACAAUGCAUCAAAAUUUCGUUUGCGUGGAGGCGGUGUAUUACAAAACCAAAUGUUUCCAAACAUGCCUGGAGGCAUGCCUAUGUGUUUUCAAACAAAUUCACCUGUAAUUUACAUGCCUUCAAUGCCAGACUUUCAACAACAAAAUGCCCCUGUUGUCGUAUGUUCACCUUUACUAAAUUCCUGUGGAGCCCCAACACUUAUAAUAACUCUUCCAACUGCUUCUACUGCUCCACCACCUGUUGCAACUCCUAAAAGAGUUCCACAAAUGCAAGUCGCCAGACCUGCACCAAAACGCCGUCUACAAACAGCACCAGAUCCAAACGUGAGACAAAAACUCGUGUUUGAUAGUCCUUCACCAACUAAGAAAGUUGAGUUACCGAAAGUGUCCCCAAGCGCCAAAAAACCGUCUAGAUUUUCACAUCUAAAGGGUAAACUUUACAUACAAGAUGGACAGAUCGUACCAUGGCCUGAGGGCGUUGUGGAAGGCACUCCCAUCUCACCACGAGACUACACACCUCUUCCUGGUGAAUCCUGGUUGAGAUAUACAGACGAGGUCCAAACUCCAAAAUCCCCUGUCCGCAUAAAACAAGGCUGUACCCCUCGUGGUGGACAACCCAAACAGAACCUCAUGGUCCAACCUGCACGGGCUAAUGAUUAUAAAGAAGAACAGAGACAUUUCCUGGGAGUUCCCGAAGAUAGUGGCAAGUUUGUAUCUCUGGGAUGCUCUUCGCUUUCUGACCCUAACGUCAGCCCGCAAGAAAUCGCCCAGCGUAUACUCGCCAUGACCGAAAUGCGAAAGCAAAAUGAUGAAGAUUUAGCAACUAAAGAUGCUAGAGAAAAAGCACUUAUGCUAAAACUCAUCGAAGCUUUGCAUUAUCGAAGACAGCGCGAGAUAAUGCAGAUGGUAAAAGAUGCGUUGGAGGGAAGAUUGCCUCUUGGUAUGAAAGAUAAUACUGCAAGGUUUUAAGUGCAUUGUAAUCUAGAGUCCCUUUGUCAGUUAAAUAAAUUACUGUCAAAAGUCAAAUGUUUGAGUUUUAAAAAAUAUUAAAUUAUUAGUAGUGAAAAUGGAAAGCAAUAAAGGACAGAAAAUAAUAAUUCCGAAAGGAGUCAUCAACCCUAGUGAAACGACGAUUAUUGAGAUACCUCGAUCUUUGAAAAAAACACCAGUUAUAAUAGCCCAAAGGCAAACUCGAGAAGCUAUGGAACCGCCAGAGUCGAACGAAGAGCGACCUUAUAGGAACAGAUAUUAUCCCGUUAUGAGAUGAAAUAAAACAAUUAUGUAAUGAAUUGUGUAAAUUUUAUUUUUAUACGAGUGUCUAAAAGUUAUUAAAAAAACUAUUCUAAAACACUUUGUUAAAAUUUUUACUUUGAAUAAAGUAUCUAUAAACAAAUGCA